AUGUCAGUCAGAGCAGUCACUACUAAAAGGAUCUUAUCUACAAGCACCACCAGUUUAAAAUCACAACCACGUCAUUUAGUCAGUAUUUCGCAAUUAUCAAACGAUGAAUUUUCAUCACUCGUUGCUAAAGCCCAACAUUUGAAACAAGUUUAUAAGUCAGGUCAUACCUCGGCCAUUGCUGAAAACCACUCCAAGUUACUAGGCAAAUUGGUGGCAUUACUUUUCUCAAAAAGAUCAACAAGGACAAGAAUCAGCACAGAAGGAGCAGCAGCUUUUUUUGGAGCACAACCCAUGUUUUUAGGAAAAGAUGAUAUUCAAUUAGGUGUAAAUGAAUCAAUGUAUGAUACCACUAAAGUCAUUAGUUCAAUGACAUCAUGUAUCUUUGCCAGAGUCAAUAAACAUCUGGACAUAUUGGGCUUGUGUAAAGAUUCAUCAGUUCCUAUUAUAAAUUCACUUUGUGACAAGUAUCAUCCAUUACAAGCCAUUGCUGACUUAUUAACGAUAAAGGAAAGUUUCGGGGGUAAUACUAAAGGCUUGAAAUUGGCUUGGAUCGGUGAUGCGAAUAAUGUUAUUAAUGACUUAGCUAUUGCAAGUUUGAAAAUGGGAAUUAACGUGUCCAUAUCAAUCCCAGAAUCAAUUACAUUUGAUAAAGAUGUCGAACAAGAUGCCAAGGCUAUUGCAACUCAACAAGGUCUCAAAUUUGAAAUUGUUAAUCAACCACAACAAGCUUUACACAAUGCAAAUAUUGUAGUUACUGAUACAUGGAUCUCGAUGGGUGAAGAGCUGCAGAAAAUUGCCAAGUUGAAACAAUUUGCUGGGUAUCAAAUCGACGCUAACUUGAUUAAACUGAGCCAAGUUGCUUCUAAUUGGAUCUUUAUGCACUGUUUACCCAGGCAUCAAGAAGAAGUCGCUGAUGACGUUUUCUACAGUGACAAUUCAGUUGUGUUUGAAGAAGCAGAGAAUAGAUUGUAUGCUGCUAUGGCUGUUAUUGAAGCUUUUGUGGUGAAUAAAGGGGAUUUGUUAAAGUAG